GCACAAAGUGGCAAGGCUCCAAAAAAUAAAGGUUGGGGCUUUGUGCAAAAAAAUCAGCGCAAAGGUUCGUAUGAGUCACCAGAAAGCGAUAGAACGUCGCCAUGGAAACAGCUUCUGGUUUGAUUCUUAACAAUCUUCAACUCUCUUGCGCUAGAGCUCCUCUGUUCCCCAGACGGUAUGUCGGCACGGCUACAGGUAGUUCUCUGCCUUCAGCUUCUGCUUUCUCGGGGAAAUCCAAGAUUCCCGGAAAAUGCCUCCGAUUGCGGGGAUUAACUGCCUUCAGCUCACCGCUUGACCGAGAAGACUUGAACCCAUCUGACGAACUUGCCGUGAUUCUUGAAGUUGAUGGGGUUAUGAUCGAUGCAUAUAGGUCGUGUAAUCGCCAGGCUUUCAAUGUAGCAUUUCAAAAGCUUGGACUUGACUGCGCUAAUUGGCCUGAACCAGUUUACUCAGACUUGUUGAGGAAAGGUGCGGGUGAUGAGGAGAGAAUGUUGACUUUGUACUUUAACCGGAUCGGUUGGCCUACUUCAUUGCCGACCAGCGAGAAAGGGAACUUUGUGAAAAGUGUUAUGCGAGAAAAGAAAAAUGCAAUGGGUGAGCUUCUGAUGUCUGAAAGCUUACCUCUGAGGUCUGGAAUCAAAGAAUUUAUCGAUAAUGCAUGCAAGGAAGGGAUGCCCGUGGUUAUUGUAACUGCCUACUUCAAGAGUGGAGACAAAGUAGCCCGAUCCAUUGUUGAGAAGCUUGGCCAAGAAAGAGUUUUGAACGUAAAGGUUAUUGGGAACGAUGAGGUAGAACAGAGUCUUUAUGGACAACUUGUUCUUGGCAAAGGAGUGUCCUCAAGUCUAGAGGAUCAACUAGUCAAGGAAGCCAAAAAAGCAGCCUCUGCUGAGAAACAAAGGGUAGCAGAGGAGGUUGCAUCGAUGCUAAAGCUAAGUGUUGAACUAGACGCAAGCUCAUCUGAGAGCUUUGAGAAAAUUGUUGUUGCAUUACGUGCUGCGGCAGAAUAUGCGGGGUUACCUGUAGAUAACUGUGUUCUUGUUGCUGGAAGUCAGUCCGGAGUUGCUGCUGCAAAGAUGAUAGGAAUGUCAUGCAUAGUCAUGCGAAGCAGUUUAACGUCCAGAGGUGAGUUCCCGUCUGCGAAAGCUGUGAUGGAUGGGUUUGGAGGUGCGGACCUGACAAUCCAGAAACUUAGGAACAAGCUCAAAUCUUGAGAGAUCAUGUUUGUGAAAGCUGCCUUAGAUCAUAUCAUGGAGUUGUUCCGGUUACAUUUUGAAACUUAAAACUCUUCUCAGAACAGUUCUUGUCUGAGAGUUUGUUUAGUACAGUUUCUCUGCUUGAGGUCUGUCUGGUUAACCACCUCUGUAUCAUCCCAACAUUGUUCUGUCUUUUUUCUGAGCUGCCUGUUAGUUUCGUGGUACCUUUAAGAUGCUCGAAAUCUCAUCACUUCAAACAUGAAGCUGAUUCUGUUGA